AUGGAAAUUUCAGAAGAAGAAAUAAAUAGACUGCGAAAAGAGGUUGAUCACUGGAAAUCCUUGUAUUUCCAAAGCCUGCAAAGAAAUCAAGAUCUCGAAGCACAGUUGGGAACUGGCUAUAAGGAGCGCAAACCACCAAGCCAUGAACGACCAUAUCCAAGUAGGCAAGAAGAUCGCAGACAAGAAGACCGUAGGCAGGAAGACCGCAGACAAGAAGAUCGCAGGUCUUCACCACCUAAAAACAAAACAGGACCCAGUAAAUUAUUAUUCAGAGUACAUAAAAAAGCAAGAUCACCAGCUGGAUCAGAUAAAAAAUAAAUUGAGGCUUGCAUGCUCGAAUAAUGAUAAGGCUUUAUUAAUAGAAGCAAUUAAUGAAGCAGAAGAAGCUGGAAUGAACGAUAUUGAUCAUGCCAAAAGGAAGCUUAAUUCUUUAACUUUCCCAUCAUUGAUCAAACGAAUUCGAAUCAAAUUUUUUACAAAGAUUUGAUUUGGAUAUAGUUAAUGAAAUCUAAUAUAUCCCGCCUGAAAUCUGUUAAUAACUAUAUUAGAACGAUUAAAGUAUAAUUGUUUAUAUGAAGCUAUAAUGCGAUUUAUAUCUUAUUUGCUAAUAUACUGCAAAGUCUAUCUCUUAUCAUUAGCGUAUAAGAACUUUUAAAUGGAAAAUUUUUAAAAUAAUUAUCAGAUCGAAGUAUUAAUUUUUUCCCAAGAAUUUAACUAAAACACUAUACUUGAUUGACAACUGGAAGUUGAAAUCAAGAGUGGAGAGUAAGGUAA